AUGCCGCACUGGGCGUGGCGGCCAUUUUGUUUUGGAGAGCGAGCGGGAGUUGGCGGCGGCAGCUGUGGUGGCACAGACUGAAGGCAGGGAAGGGCAGGCCGGGCGAUCAGGCGGGUCGGCCAACGACACAGCCAGCCAACAGCCACGGACUAGCCUCGCAGUCUACCACUUAAGCAUCUGACCCAACCGCCCAUCUAAUUAACCGGAGCCCCUCCACCGUCAAUUACUGAGGUUCGGCCGGUCCCCGGCCCGCCCUGCCGCAGCCGUGCUGGCAGCCCCGGGAGGAGCACUGGCGUCCGUUUCCUUCGGUGCGUCUCUGUGAUUCUCGGGAUCUGAAGAUGGCUGCUCAGUCAGCGCCGAAAGUUGUGCUAAAAAGCACCACCAAGAUGUCUCUGAAUGAGCGCUUUACUAAUAUGCUGAAGAACAAACAGCCGAUGCCAGUGAAUAUUCGGGCUUCGAUGCAGCAACAACAGCAGCUAGCCAGUGCCAGAAACAGAAGACUGGCCCAGCAGAUGGAGAAUAGACCCUCUGUCCAGGCAGCAUUAAAACUUAAGCAGAAGAGCUUAAAGCAGCGCCUGGGUAAGAGUAACAUCCAGGCACGGUUAGGCCGACCCAUAGGGGCCCUGGCCAGGGGAGCAAUCGGAGGACGAGGCCUGCCCAUAAUUCAGAGAGGCUUGCCCAGAGGAGGACUACGUGGGGGACGUGCCACCAGAACCCUACUUAGGGGCGGGAUGUCGCUCCGAGGUCAAAACCUGCUCCGAGGUGGACGAGCCGUAGCUCCCCGAAUGGGCUUAAGAAGAGGUGGUGUUCGAGGUCGUGGAGGUCCUGGGAGAGGGGGCCUAGGGCGUGGAGCUAUGGGUCGUGGCGGAAUCGGUGGUAGAGGUCGGGGUAUGAUAGGUCGGGGAAGAGGGGGCUUUGGAGGCCGAGGCCGAGGCCGUGGACGAGGGAGAGGUGCCCUUACUCGCCCCGUAUUGACGAAGGAGCAGCUGGACAACCAGUUGGAUGCAUACAUGUCGAAAACUAAAGGACACCUGGAUGCCGAGUUGGAUGCCUACAUGGCGCAGACAGAUCCUGAAACCAAUGAUUGAAGCCUGCCCACCGUUGUGUGAGAGACUCUUACUAAAAUCACCACAUCUGUAAAUAACCUUGAGAUAACAGUUGAAAAGAAACCUGAUUGAUGCUGGAAGGACCUAUCAUAAUAGGCUAUGGACUUAACCUACCACCAGUUGUGCAUUUAGUGUGUUCCUUUGACUUUUUGAUACUGUGUUGUAUGAAACCCUUUUUCUCUUGAUUUGGUUGGGCUUUGCUUUUUUUCUUUGUUGUUGUUUCCUUCGCAGACUUCUCUUUGAACAUGAAUGUGUUGGCCUUACGGCUAGGAUACCCUCUUCCUACCUCUGCCUCCCUUCACCUGCCAUAUACUCUAAUCUUCAUUUCCUCGGUUCAUCUGUGUUCCCUCACAAAAAAGUCCUAGAAAGAGCCACUGUUCCUCCCUAAUGCCUAGGUUUCUGAGAUUAAGUUCUGUAUAAUAACCUCUUAGAAGUGUUCAGAACAUCUGGAGCUCAGAAAUGUGUUGAUGAUGCAGUAUACAGUGUAGUAAAUUGGGAACACUGACAUUGCCAAGGGCCAAAAAACAGUUUAUAGAUGGUAGAAGCUCAAGUUUGAUUGAAGUUGCUACCAUGUGCAGUAACACGUGUGGUAACUAGGCUUGCUGGGUUGGGUAAGAUCCUUUCUACCCACAAAUGAGAUUUAUACACUCUCCUCUUGGCUUUGUAUUUCCCAAGGGAUUGAGCUGGUUUAACUCCUUCAUAUAGAAGAAGAAAGCCAUUUGGUUUGGCCAGUGCGUCAGAAGGUACGGGGAUGGAAGAGCAGUGGCAGACUAAUUGCUGGGAGGAUCAGAAAAUAAUACCUGGGCUGAAAAGCAAUUAGUCUCGUGUUUAUUCCAAACCAGUCUUGGGUUUCUCCACUCACUGAUUCUGUCUGAACUCCUCUCAUUUCCCUUGAACGUUUAAGUAAUUUCAACCAUAGUCUGUCAACUGUUCCAGGUUCUGUGAAAUCUUGUGUAUUUCUGAUUCAUUAUAACAAACUGUUCUCUCAAAUCCA